UCAACGACUGUCACGGAAGAUUCUGCUGAUGAUGUGAAUUUUGUAAUUCGCCAUUUGAGCACUCCAUCGGACAAUUUACCAACUUAUGUUUCCAAACAAUACAACAAUGACUCUAUAAUGGGUAACGAGAUCCAAGCUUAUGCGAAGAUUGCAGGUUGCAACUGGACGUAUUAUGUAAAAAGCUUGACGAUUUCGAUUGGCAGAAACACGGACUUUCAUGCGGCUGGCAAUACUAAUAACAAUAGUGCUACUGCUAGUAAAGAUCUGAUAGAUAUCGAUUUGGGACCCUCAAAAGUUGUAUCAAGAAAGCAUGCGACCAUUGAGUACAAUCUCAACGGUAGAAAAUGGCAAUUGUUUAUAAAUGGUAGAAAUGGUUUGAAAGUCAAUGGUAUGCGAUUGAACCUUUCCACAAAUACUCCCUAUGACCUAAGCUCUGGUAACAUUAUAGAUAUAGGGGGAACCCAGAUGAUGUUUGUUCUACCAGAUGCACCUCCAGUCAUUCCAGAUUAUUUCCGUCACUUACUAUCUAAUAAGAGAUUGAAGAUGAACACUAUGCCAAGCAGUAAAGGCAAUUCUGUGGAUUUCAAUUCCAAAUCAGACAUGGUAAAUACCCAAGUUAAAGCUUUUCAGCUACAGGAAGGUCUUUCCUCAUUAAAUCCUCAUAGCGCAUCUUCCGAACAAGAUUACUCAAAGGAUGAUGCAAAGGAUUUGAAACCUCCAUAUUCAUAUGCUACCAUGAUUACUCAGGCUAUAUUAUCGAAUCCACAAGGCAUAUUGUCAUUAGCAGAGAUAUAUAAUUGGAUCUCAAGCCAUUUUGCAUACUACAGACAUACUAAACAAGGAUGGCAGAAUUCAAUUAGGCACAACUUAUCAUUGAAUAAAGCAUUUGAAAAGGUACCAAGGAAGCCAAAUGAGCCUGGUAAAGGUAUGAAGUGGCAGAUAAGUGAAUCUUAUAGAAACGAGUUCUUGAAAAAGUGGCAAGAUGGCAGUUUAAACAAAGUUAGAAGAGGGACAAGUGUUUCAAGACAGCUACAAUUACACCUAAUAAAAAAUAAUGCAUUACCA